AUGCAGAUCAAGCCUCUGAGUCGAUCCGAUACAGGUUUUGGCGACGAUACCGACCUAGCCAACACGACAUACAACGACAAGUACGUCAUCGUGUAUGACUUCAGCAACGUUGACGAUGAGGUUGCCAUCAAAGAGUGCCAACAGCUACUGUACGAUCUCGAGUCUGCUGGACUGAACACCGAAGUGCGUGCUGGCUAUGAUGAAUCUUUGUUAGUUUUUGUCCAAGUGCCGCGGGAUUUGCUUGGCAACACUGUAUACAAAUCAAGAGUCAAGGAUUGGCUAUAUGGCAUCACCAAACACCAUCCCGGUGGCACCGCCAAGUCGAUCGUUUCAGCAGCUUUUGAGGCUGAAGAUCUCCUCUCUGUAUAUCACCUAGUCAACUGGCGUAAAGAGUUUGGGGGUGCAGGCAUCACACCGGACUUCCCACCGUGGGAAAACGUCACCUCAAUCUUCCCGUUACACAACCCUCGUGCAAAUCGGGCGCUUCUGGCUCAUCUCAGCACGCGCGUCUUCUUGGAUCUAUCCGAUCUCGACCAGAUCCGUAAUCUUUGGGGUUCCAAAGUCGCUUUUUACUUUGCUUUCAUUCAAACAUACUUCCGUUCACUUGCCUUCCCAUGCAUUGCUGGACUUUUUGCAUGGGCAUUCCUUCCAAAGUAUUCGCUGUUCUUCGCCUUGUUAAUUGGCGUUUGGUGCACAGUAUUCUUGGAGUACUGGAAGAUUAAGCAAGCAGAUCUUGCUAUCCGCUGGGAUGUGCGGGGCGUUGGUAGUUUGAAGGUGGAUCGUCCACAGUUUCGUUAUGAGAAAGAGAUCAUUGAUUCAGCUGGAAGAGUGCAGCGCCAUUUUCCCAGAUGGAAACGAAUCCUCCGACAACUGCUUGUCGUUCCUUUUGUUAUUAUCAGCACCGUAAUUCUUGGAGUUCUCAUCACUUGCGUCUUCUUUCUCGAAACAUUCAUUGGCGAGGCAUACGACGGGCCGCACAAGUUCUAUCUGGAAUACCUUCCGACUAUUCUUCUCGCAGUUUUUCUACCUUAUGUCACCAGCUUGCUGGAAGACAUCGCUACCGUUCUGACAGACUACGAGAACCAUCGUACCGAAGAUCACCACCAGAUGUCCCUCACUCAAAAGAUCUUUGUACUGAACUCCAUUACCAACUACUUACCCAUCCUCCUCACCGCAUUCGUAUAUGUGCCUUUUGGUAACAAAGUCUUGCCGCUGUUACAAAGCAUGUUGGAUGCGGUGUUGGGCUCCCAGAACAAAGGGAAGACCAAAUUCCAUGCCGAUCCCGACAGAUUACGCAACGAGGUCAUUGCAUUGACCGUAACUGGUCAAGUUUCCGGUGCGAUUGAAGAGCUAGCAUUACCUUGGCUAAAGGAGCAGGUCAAGCAAUGGUGGCGCGAUCGACAAGCUUCUCGAGCCCAGAAUCAAGGCAACAUGGGCGCACCACAGACACCGGAAGACCCCAUUGAAUCUGGCUUUCUUCGGCGCACAAGAAGACAAGCGCUUCGCCCCUCGUACAACGUCCAAGAAGAUAUUGCGGAAAUGGUGAUCCAAUUCGGUUAUCUUGCAUUGUUCAGCCCCGUAUGGCCACUAGUACCCAUUGGAUUCUUCAUCAACAACUGGUUCGAGCUUCGGUCCGAUUUUCUCAAAAUUUGUGUGGAGCACCAACGACCCCAUCCGAUUCGUAGCGAUGGCAUCGGGCCUUGGGUCGCUAGCCUGGAAUCCUUAACCUGGCUGGGAAGUGUCAGUAGUGCCGCCAUUGUUCAUCUCUUCGGCACCGAGCAAUUUCUUGGCCCCUAUCUUGGCUUGAGCACGUGGGCCAGUCUUCCACUCACAAUCCUCUUAUCAGAGCACAUCUUCAUGGCUUUUAGGGCAGCGGUCCGAUUCGCACUUGCACGAAUCGGGUCCGAGCAGAUACGCAGAGAAAGAGCCGAGCAGUAUGCCGAGAGAAAGCGACAUCUCGAUGAGCUGGAAGCAAAGGCCACAAAGGUAUCCCAUCUGGAUGUCGCCGAGCGCGAAAGAAGGAAGAGCGUGAGGAUCAAUGCGGCAGAUAUCUUUUGGACUAAGCAGGUCGAAGUGGGAGCCAGUGCUGAAGCCGGUGUCAGUAUUAUCAAAGCGAAGAAGAUUGCAAAGCACGAAAGUGAACUCACGGGUAGGAGCACCAAAGUAGACUAG